AUGCCGCCACAUGAGGCUUCGAUUUCCUCCCUAUCAAAUCAACAGUCGUGGCUUCCUUUAAAACCGGAUGGUACCCACGGUUCAGGCACCCACUCGGGCCUACUUUUCUACGCCUUUGAUCCUCGGGGGAUUCCCGGUUGGUCUGGGAGGAUUCUGCUUAGUUCCAGUGUCAAAGCUUGCGACAUUUUUACUGGCGCUAAAAAUUUGCCUGAGACGGUGUCAGAUUACAAUCGUACUCGGUGGCGUCUCGGUUUACCCGAGGGCCCAAACGAACUGCUUCAAGACAAAACGCUACCGUUAGAAGCUAAUGGUGAUUUAUCUGGAGCUAUAGUAGCUGAUUCAUCCGAAGCAGAAAAGGAGAACGGGAAAUUGCGACCACUUGGUUGGCUUCGGGCGAUCGAUUGCAAUUCCUCGGAUCCUGUACUCGAAGGCCUGGCAUUAUUACGAUUCUCGGAAGCAUCCGUUGUGCAAUCAUCAUUGCGUGUACCGCUACGUCUAAGUGAUGAUGUCCAGUCAUUAGGGUGGUAUCACGUGGAACCGUUCGCACCGUCUUGGUGGCCGGAGACAGUGGCUCCCGAAUUACCGCGUAAUAUUCUUACUUGA